AUGCCCCUGCCCACCCCUGUCAGUCGUGACAGACCCGGGCGCCGCCCGCGUUGCUCGUUGGGCAAGCCAAUCUCCUCCCAGAAAUUGAACGAAGAGGAUGUGGAGCGACUGUUUGAGUCGACUCAUGAUCUCACCCUGAAUCGCUGUAUCAUCUCAGUCGAUUUUGGCACCACGGCGUCAGCCGUCUCCGCCGUCAAGAUACCCCGUGGCUGCUCCCCGGACUCCAUAGAUCCAAGCUCCAUCCGGUCUAUUGGGAACUUCCCAGACGUCGCCAUGGUCUGUCGCCAGGACGACCCUAUGUGGUACAAGGUUCCUACUGAGGUCAUGUAUCACGCCAAUUCACGCUACUACAAGCAAGAAGCCAUCGUCCCCCAAGAAGCGACUGACAUUGGGGGCGACGUCCUCAUGCGUGAUCAAAACCAUGGUGACUCCGAUGAGAGCGAUGACGAGGAGGAGGCCAAUGACUCGCAGAGAUUUCGCUGGGGAUACCAAGUCGACCAUCUGUGGUCCAUCCCUACUGCUCACAGCAACAAGAUGACCUGUCCGCUCGCACGCUUCAAGCUCUUGCUUGAUAAGAACGCGACUACCAAGCCUGUUCGAGCCCACCUCGGAAAGACUCUGAGGCCACUUUGCAACAGCAAGGUCAUCAGAAACCAUUACCAGCCUAUUACCGAUUUCCUCUCCCAUUUGCUAGCUCACGCCAAGUCUGAGCUCGCAAAGCAAGGCGUCGAUGAGAGCUGGCAGUUUGAAGUCGUCCUCUGUGUCCCUGCCAUAUGGGACCCCAAGGCCCUUCGCAUUAUGCAGACUUGCCUGGCGCUUGCCAUGGACCGUGCCAAGUUCCCAGGUGUUGACACUGAAAACAACAGCAUUGAAAGAUUGUUCAUUGUUUCUGAGCCAGAGGCGGCAGCAACGUACAUGGUCAGCCAGAACUGUGGCUUCAGACGUGGGGAUACGAUUGUCCUCUUGGAUGCAGGCGGUGGCACCGUCGAUGCCGUCACGUAUCAAAUCGAGAGUCAGCUCCCGCUAAGACUAAGCAAGGAGGUAGUCCCCCAUGGUGGCGGGCUCUGCGGGUCCAGCUACCUCAACGAGUACUUCCGAGAGCACCUGAUCAAGCUUCUCAAGGAUCAAACCCAGCUGGAAGUCAACGGAGUCACCAUUCGGGGUCUUGUCGAGCAUAUCAUGAUCAAGAUCGAGACCACCCACAAGCGGUGCUGGGACAUUUACCUCAACAAAAAAAAGCUUUCUCUCUUUGUCUCCGGAAACCUCAAGCCAGGAAAAGGCCUCAAAGGCAACUGUGCCAUUAUUUCAGCGCAAGUUUCCUGUCUUUUUCUGAUGAAGUGUUCUUUCAAGCUGAUGGCUCGCAAAAAGGAUAUUGAGGCAAUGUUUCUGAGACUUUUUGUGCAAAUUGGGGAUAUCUUGGAGAAUCAGAUAAUCCCUGCAAGCAACUAUGGAUAUAAUGUCGAUAGGGUCAUCCUGAUGGGAGGUUUCGCUGGCUCCCCUUCCCUGCAGAAAUGGUUGGAAAGGUUUCUAGAGGGUCUGUGCGAGAGCCGCGGGCUUCGUCCCAUCAAGCUAUACCGGCUCGAAGAACAAGAGAGGAGAAUGGCAGUGAAUGCCGUCUCCAAGGGCGCCAUCCUUCGGGCCCUUGACAAGAAGAACGGGCCAGCGAGAUUUGCCCGAUCCAGCUACGGACUUUUGCGCUCGGAGCCUUGGGGUGAUCACAUCGAGCACAGUGGGCAGGGUUACUCUGUUAACAGGGCCACUGGGGACGACUUUAUAAUGCACACCAUAUACUGGGUGUUGAAGAAGGGAGACAAGAUAGGGCCGAAUUGGGUCAGCGAGAAGCCAUUGGAAACGGUCCAUUACAUCGAGUAUGGCAACCCUCUCAUCUGCUGCGAGAUAAUAUACGUCUCAGACACGGCUACCGAGUCCCACUAUCGGUUGACACACAAAAAGAACAAAGGUGCUCAAAAGGCUGGCACACUCGAGGUUGAUUUCACCUUUCUCAAAGAGCAAGGUCUUAUCAAACCCAUCGAGCCAGAGAUUGGCAAGAACGGCAAGCCGAUCGGCAAGAGACACUGGAAGGUGGAAUUCCUCAUCUAUUUCAAGAUGAUUGGUCGAGACCUGAGUUGUAUCGUCAAGAGAGACGGAAAGGUUAUCAAUAGCUGCCGGAUCAACAUCGCCCCUGGUUUUGACAUGGGGACCAUGUAG